UCUAAAACGAAUAAAAACAAGUUCAAAUGACAACCCCGUCGGUAAUGCAACUACUGUUCUGUAAUGUAAAACUCUCGGACAAAUUCUGUAAUACCAACACGUUUUUGACAGCCAGAAAAAAUGGCGUAAAAUGAAAAUGGUAGAAAAUUUCAGUUCGCAACCAAAGGUAAAGUAAAACCGCCUUCAAAGCGAUGUCCUGCAGCAGCGACUCCGACGAGUUUUACGAUGCGGAAGACAGCACAUCGCCCAACCCUCAAACACAGACCACCAGGAAAAAUGGCAAACCGCAAGAACCCCACAGGACUAAUUCGGAGCCGAAUAUAUCGCUUUACAAGCAGCAGCUCGAAGAGAAAGAACCUGAAAUUAACGACGAAUUAUUUGUGAAGCCUAAUAUUGUUGUUGGACGUCAGCGUUUCAAAGAACUACGACAAAGGUUACAGACGGACGAUGAAGAUUGUCCCGUUAACAACUUAACCCCUCCCAAUAGUCAAACAUCGUCCGUCGAGGGUGUAUUUGCAGCUACUAGUCGUACAUCUCAUCCUUUUCGAAUAAUCGAGCAUGAUACGCUUAGUUUACAAAGUAUUAAUUCUUUAAAUCGAAUGGGCCGCGUACUAGGCAAUGCACAUGAUCCGCUGGGAGAUAUUCCAUCAAACAGAAAAAAGGCAUCUGUAUCCACACUCUCAUUGAGUUCGCAUGAAUCUGGCUCAACUCCCAGUUCAAAAGAAAUAUCCCAAUUUCCAAGCAAUACCACUUUGUCAGACAAUAAUGUUCCAGAGAAAACCAUUUGUCUUCCGUUGCAAGAGCCUGAUGUCAUUGCCAGCACAAAACCGUCUAUUUCUAGCAUGAUAAAAUCGACGACUGUGUGCCACUACUCGCCGUUUCCGCAAAAUAUUCCGAUUGCGCCACCGCGACGUAAACGAAAAAUCAAAAAUGCAAUUUCUUCCCUAUCACUGACGGGUUUGUCAAGUACAACACAAUCAUCUUCCUGUUUGGCUAGCCCCGCUAGCACGAUAGAAUCUUUGACUAGAGAGUUUGAAGAUUCAUUGGAUAAACUUCCGGUAACAAAACCAAAAAUUCAGCAUGAUAAAAGUGGAGAGUCCUCAAGGUCGAGUACCAUUAAAUCCAUACAUUCGCUGGAUAUAAGGCAAGCAAUUAAGGGUUUAUACGUGGUCAAACCACAAGACGAUGAUAAAUCGAAAGCAGCGCCCCCAACUGCAGAUGACAUCAUCAUACCACAGUCCAACGCUGACAGUGAACUUCGACACAGUCCAAGAUGUUCUGCUGGUCGAAGCAGUAUUGGCCAUUACAGCUUGGGCUCGCACAGAAGCUCAAGACGGCACAACACUACCGAGUCUAAGGAGAGAAGAAAAUCGGCCGGCGACGAAAACAUGUUGAAACAACUAAAUAUAUACGUAAGAACAAGGACAGAUUCUGGAAAGCAUCUCUCAGAUAAAGAAAUUCUCGAGCAAGUGACCGUGUUAAAUUUGGAUACGGGAGAACGCGUUCCUUUAAGUAUAGCCGAAGAGAAACUACCUCAAUGCAUCAAUCCGUUAUCUUUACAUAUUAUGAGGCUAACGUCGGAAUAUGUAAGCAAUUCUAGUCUGGAUAAAGAGAAAGAGUCUGAUGAAGAAAGUGUGAUAGGCAAUAAAAAAAUGGAUAUACCGCUUGAUGAUGACAAUGAUAUAGAGAUUGGGCGAGUACGAAAAAAAACCGCUAAAUUGAAGAGGUUAUUUGGGUCGACGGUUAAAAAAACUAUGCACAAAGCGAAAUCUAUUGCUCAUGAAAUGUCACACGCACGACAUAAGGAGGAUAUUAUGGAUAUUGUUGAUGAAGUACAUCCUGGAGAACAAAAUAUAAAAUUGAAGGCCUCGAAUUCGCACAAAGGUCCCUAUGAAUUGGAAAACAUUCAACAUGUUCAAGAAUUAAAAGAUGAACACGAGGGUCCCAUUUGGUGUAUGAAGUUCUCUUGUUGUGGUCGCUUGCUGGCCACCGCAGGUCAAGAUAAGGUCUUGCGGAUAUGGGUAGUUAAAAAUGCAUUCCAAUUUUUUCAGGAUAUGAGAUCUAAAUACAAUGCUGAAAAGGUAUCUCCUACCCCUUCUCAGGAAUCGCUAGUUUCCCAUCAAUCGGCCGAUGAGCAUAGCCUAAUAGCUGAAGCUUUAAAAGAAGAGGGAACCAAGCAUAUUUUUGUGUCAAAGCCCUUUUGCACAUAUACAGGUCAUACAUCGGACCUACUGGACGUCUCGUGGUCCAAAAAUUACUUCAUCUUGUCAUCUUCAAUGGAUAAAACUGUACGUCUGUGGCACAUUUCGAGAAAGGAAUGUCUGUGUUGUUUUCAACACAUUGAUUUUGUAACAGCUAUUGUUUUCCAUCCCAGAGAUGACAGGUACUUUCUCAGCGGUUCCCUAGACGGUAAAUUGCGUCUGUGGAAUAUUCCGGAUAAAAAGGUUGCCGUUUGGAAUGAAGUUGAGGGUACACCAAAAUUAAUUACUGCCGCGAAUUUUUGCCAAAAUGGUAAAUUCGCCGUUGUCGGUUCUUAUGAUGGUAGAUGUAUCUUUUAUAAUACCGACCAAUUGAAAUACCACACACAGAUUCAUGUGAGAUCUACACGCGGCAGAAAUGCGACCGGUCGUAAAAUUAGCGGCAUUGAACCCAUGCCGGGAGAGGAUAAAAUUUUGGUUACUUCUAAUGACAGCAGAAUUCGAUUGUACGAUCUUCGUGACCUUAGUCUGUCUUGCAAGUAUAAAGGCUAUGUUAACAUUAGCAGUCAAAUUAAGGCGAGCUUUAGUCAUGAUGGAAAGUAUAUAGUGAGUGGAUCUGAAAAUCGCGAUAUUUAUGUAUGGAAAACGAACCACGAUUAUUCCAAAUUUUCGUCAGUACGCAGGGAUAGAAACGAUUUUUGGGAGGCUAUUAAAGCUCAUAAUGCGGUGGUUACGUGUGCCAUAUUUGCACCAAAUCCGGAUGAUAUUAUAAAAAUGGUUGAUGAACAAAAUGUCAGCGAGGACCAGGAUGAUAAGGUUGAAGACCCUAUGGUUGAGCAGCACACCAAAGGGUGUGGUGGUCAUGUCUUAAUAUCUGCAGAUUUCAACGGAUGCAUCAAAGUGUUCAUAAAUAAGAUGAAACCGAAACAUAGUUCACUACCUGCAUCUGCACUGGUGUAGUAAAGUACAACGUAAUUGUUGAUGCUAGGCAAAAAUCUGUAACCAUAUGAUUACAAAACUUGUAGAUAUAUUUUUAACAAUGUUAUUUCAGUAAUUGUCGAUAUCCUGUUUUAUAUAGAUUUUAUUUAGUAAUAAUUUCGCAGUACCUAAACUUAUGUAUGAUGUAGAUAGUUGAUAAUAUUGUGAUUUUAUGCUGAUGCAAGUAAGGCAAUCUAUUUGCUUUUUAGUUUUAACAUGUAUACUAUAUUAAUUAAUUUAUUGCUGUGGUAUUAUUUUACAAAUACAAUUACAAAUUAACCGUU